AUGCAAUUCAGAACUUUAGCUGCUAUUGCCACCGGUUUGACUUGUGUUUCCGCCAUUGGUGACCUCGCCUUCAACUUGGGUGUCAAGGACAACAGUGGUAACUGUAAAUCCACUUCGGAAUACGAAAGUGACUUCCAAAAAUUGUCCCUGUAUUCCAAGAUUGUCAAAACUUAUGCGGUUUCUGACUGUAACACUUUGCAAAACUUGGGUCCUGCUGCUGAAGACGCUGGUUUCCAGGUGAUGUUUGGAAUCUGGCCCAAUGACGAUGCUCAUUUUGAGGCCGAGAAGGAGGCUUUGCAAACAUACUUGCCAAAGAUUUCUAAGAAAACCGCUUACGCUUUCUUGGUUGGUUCCGAGGCUUUGUACAGAGACGAUUUGAGUGCCAGUGACUUGGCUUCCAAGAUCAGCGAAAUCAAGGACUUGUUGAGUGGUAUCAAGGACAAGAACGGUGACUCGUACUCUGACGUUCAAGUUGGUACUGUCGACUCAUGGAACGUUUUGGUGGACGGAAGCUCGCAACCUGCUAUUAAGGCUGCUGACUUUGUCUACUCCAACGCUUUCUCGUACUGGCAGGGACAAACCACUCAGAACGCUUCCUAUUCGUUCUUCGACGACAUCAUGCAGGCUUUGCAGGUGAUCCAAACCACCAAGGGUUCUACCGACAUUAACUUCUGGGUUGGUGAGACCGGAUGGCCCACUCAAGGUACCAACUUUGAGUCUGCUGAGCCCUCAUUGGAGAAUGCCAAGAACUACUGGCAAAACGCCAUUUGUGCCAUGAGAGCUUGGGGUGUCAAUGUUGCUGUUUUCGAGGCGUUCGAUGAAGCAUGGAAGCCCAACACCUCGGGUACCUCUGACGUCGAGAAGUACUGGGGAGUUUUCGACUCGAACAACUCUCUCAAGUACACCUUGAGCUGCGACUUUUAG